UUGAAUAUUCCUGUGGUAUCCUACGCGGCGUCGACUCCUGAUCUGGAUGAUAGAACAAACUUUCCAUACUUUAUCCGAACUGUUCCAAGUGAUAAAGACCAAGCUGAAGCAAUGUUGGCCGUGAUUCAGGCAAUGGGGUGGGAAUAUGUUGACAUAUUAUUUGUUGCUAACAAUUAUGGAACCAAGGGAAAAGAUCAAUUUGUAAGGGUUGCCGAAGAAAACGGUGUAUGUGUCGGGGAACCCAUGCCUAUCAGUGAAACAAAUGCAGAUGAACCAGCUCUGUACAAAACAGUCCUAGAACUAAAAAAUCGUCAAGCUAAGAUUGUGGUGUUUUUCGGGAUUGACACACGAUACUCUGACGUGGUAAAGAUUUUAAACAGUGGUCAAGAUUAUGGAGACUUUAUAUUCUUAGCCAGCGAGGAGUGGGGAACAAAACAGCAAUUGUUACUGGACGGGGGAAAAGCUGCCCGGGGAACUCUAACACUUGAUCUCGCAUCACCACAGGUUGAAACUCAAGAAUUUAGAACAUAUAUGUUGUCAAGGAACCUUGAAAAUACUCAAUAUAAUCCAUGGUUUAGUGAAUUUUGGCAACAUCUAUUUAAAUGUAAUAUC